GCGCGCGAGCGACAGCCCCGACGUGUGCGCGCGCGCUUCUCCGCCGUUUGCCGACGCGUGAAUCGAGGCCACCGGGAUUGAGGAGAUACCGGGCCCCGCACGCGUCACCUCGGCCCGAAAGACAGCGCGAUCUGUGAGAAUUACCUCUGGUCGAUACGGGCUGUGACGGCGCUGAGGCUGCGCACAGGUCGCGUCACAGGCAGCACCCGCCGGUCAUGCUGCGCACCUGCCGGACCUCCGCUUCCGGACCGGACUGCUGAGGGGAAGAAAGGCAACUUUUGGGGAAGAAGUUGCCGUCAGCUCGGCGGCGGAAGAAUCGGAGGUGGAGGGGCGAACUAAGUCCCUCCAUCGAGUAGAUUCACAUUUUUUCUUCACAUCCUCACCCUCGAUAGGAAGGCGAAACGGCGACUUCAGUUGAUUAUCUCUCGUUCCUUUGCUAUCCGAUGGAUAUUCACUGCAAAGCAGACCCGUUCACAGCGAUGCACCGGCAUGGAGGUGUGAACCAGCUCGGCGGGGUGUUUGUGAACGGCAGACCCCUCCCGGACGUGGUGAGACAGCGGAUCGUGGAGCUGGCGCACCAGGGCGUCCGGCCCUGCGACAUCUCCAGACAGCUGCGGGUCAGUCACGGCUGCGUCAGCAAGAUCCUGGGCAGAUACUACGAGACUGGUAGCAUCAAACCAGGGGUGAUCGGUGGGUCCAAACCCAAAGUGGCCACGCCGAAGGUGGUGGAAAAGAUCGCAGACUACAAGAGACAGAACCCGACCAUGUUCGCGUGGGAGAUCAGGGACAGGCUGCUGGCGGAGGGCAUCUGCGACAACGACACCGUUCCCAGCGUCUCAUCCAUUAACAGGAUCAUCAGAACCAAGGUCCAGCAGCCUUUCCAUCCGUCUCCAGACGGGUCGUCCCUGUCGACACCGGGCCACACUAUAGUGCCCAGCACAGCGUCCCCGCCGGUGACCAGCGCCUCCAACGACCCCGCGGGCUCCUACUCCAUAAACGGCAUCCUGGGCAUCCCACGGUCCAACGGCGAGAAGAGGAAACGGGACGAAGAUGGUUCAGAUGGUUCUGGCCCAAACAGUGAUUCUCAGGGUAGUGUGGAGAGUUUACGGAAACAUCUGAGGGCAGAUGCCUUCACCCAGCAGCAGCUGGAAGCGCUGGACCGGGUCUUUGAGCGCCCCUCGUACCCCGACGUCUUCUCUACAUCGGAGCACGUCAAACACGAACAGGCUAAUGAGUACUCGCUCCCUGCCCUGAAUUCCAGCCUGGACGAAGUCAAACCCAGUUUAUCCUCGGGCACCAACCCCGACCUGGGCCCCGGUGUGUCACAAAGCUACCCUGUAGGUCGCGACAUGGCCAACACGACCCUACCUGGGUACCCCCCCCACGUCCCCCCCACGGGCCAGGGCAGCUACCCCACCUCCACGUUGGCCGGAAUGGUCCCCGGGAGCGAGUUUUCGGGGAACCCCUACAGUCACCCGCAGUACACGACGUACAACGAGGCCUGGCGAUUCAGCAACCCAGCGCUACUAAGUUCCCCUUAUUAUUAUAGUGCCGCAUCGAGAGGCUCCGCCCCUCCCACUGCUGCCACUGCCUAUGACCGUCACUAGUUACCAUGGAAACCAAAUCAAGCUGCAGGACCAUGGCCUCAGCCUCCAUAUUGCCCCGGUGUGAGCAGCAUGGUCCACUGGACACUGAGCAACUGUGCAUAAAAUGUUCCCGGCUCACACAAUGACACACGUAGAGGCUCGUGGGGGAUUCCAGACGACUGCGCUCCUCUUUUUAUUGGAAGCCAAAAAAUAAUAAUAACCAACGAGACGUAAUCAGAGACACCGAGAGAUGCCACAGACACGACGGAGACUGUGGCUCGUGGCAAUGGUUUAAAAAAUGAAAAAAGACAAAGGACUGAAAACAAAAAUGUCAAAGUGUCACAGUUUCAUCCCAUCACGGAUCAACACUGUACAUUCCUUUCCUUGACAGCUCUCUGCAGGGACACUGUCCGGAGUUAAAGUGUAGCAGCAGCCUUUUUCUUUUCCUCCUCCUCCUCCUCCUUCCUCCAUUUGUCUCCCACUCGACUGAAAAGGCAGCGCAACUCGGCUCAGAGGAGAUUAGCGACGAGUCGCGACCAAACACACGCAGCAUGAGUAAAUCCAUCACUCCUGACGCCAUGAGAAGAUUAGGACACGUUCUCUGUGAUACACAAUCAAGAUGUAAAAAAAGUGAAAAUGAAAUGAAUGAAGAAAAAAAAACAACAUCAACAACAGUUGGAAAAUAGAAGCAGCCGUGACAAUAUCCAGUAUCACCAUGGCUCACUAUUUGCAAGAUUUCAAGAAACUAGUAAAUAUAUUCUUAAAAUAAUUUUUUAUUUCAUUUUUAUAAUUUGUACUGACUAAACUAAACUGCAGACUGCUUGGCUAGUGUUUUACUAUUUCAUGUUUGGAAAUGAGAGGUCAUCAAGUGUUUGUUGAUUUGUUGUCGUUCUUAGUUAAUUUUGCACUAUUUGGAGGUUUGCAACACUGGAGCGUGAUUAUGCAGAAAAAAACGAUGAUGCAUAUUUGCUUUAUUUGGUCCAACUGGCACUUACAGCUUCACCUGUCACUUCCUGUAACUCGUCGCGUCACAGAUCUGACGUGCGCCACGUUACGUCCUCACAGCUCACCGCGUUGUUUAAGUUAAUUAAGUCUUUGGCAUUCAACACAGAAAAGGAGAUAACAGCCAUUUAUUUCAAGUCAAACCAGUGUCAUCCUUUGUCUAGUGUCCAAAAUUCACUCUGAUCGGAUGAUUCUGUCGAGUCACGAAGUCAAAAAAAAAGCAGGUCGACAAUUUCAGCUGAAUGCCUUAAACGCGCUCCUCCGAACCUGAGCUCCCUCACGUGUUUCAGGCCUUGUCGUUGCUUCGAAUCAAGCUGGAAUAGUUUCUUCAUCUGUCAAGUGAAUGUAUUUGCAUUUGCCAAAGACUUAGUUCUUGUUAUUGUUUAUUUACAGGCCGCCUAUAUGCAUCAUGAGAGCAGUAUUAUUAUCAUUAUUGUUGUUAUUAUUAUUAUUAUUAUUAGGGAAAACCCACAAUGUUCAUGGGGAAAAGUAUAUGUAUGAAUUCUAUGCAGUGCAGAGAUGGUCAUCAUAUGCAUAUUCAGCUGUAAACCUAAAGGUAGGUGGAGUUUAUUUAAUGUUCGGUUAUUUGCAACUUGUUCAUUUUCUAGGAUUUUUUGUGUGUGAUGUGAUGACACUUCUCUGUAAAUACAGUAAAAAAAAAAAAAAAAACGUCUUUCAUGUUCAUGGCUAUUAUCACUUUCAUUACGCUGGUAAUCACUCGUACAAUAAUAAAAGUGUCUAAAAUCCUUUUACGCAA